AUGGAUGCCGCUGUUGUCCGUGAUCUCACUGAAUCGGUCUAUCAAUGCUUGGCCGUGGAUGAUCUUCUAACAUCACCGAGCCUGUCAACACUUCAGGCUUUUUUGCUCCUUCUGGGGUGUCCGAGCUUUACCCAGCGACCUAUCAUGAUCGCUUCUGUCAUCCGAAUGGCAUCCAUACUGGGGAUGAAUCGUCCACAACCCAAGCGGCCUAUAAUUUACUGGACUUGUGUGACAUGGGCACGAUGGGAGGCCGUCAAAUCGAAAUAUAAAGAUUCCGCGGUCAAUCACGCACUUCACUUACCCCCGCCUCCUUGCGAACCUACUAAUGACUCCUUUUUUGGAAGAAUAUACCAUCUUAUUGCAAAAUCUCAGGACCGUGACAGCUCUGAGGAUACACAUCAAAAGCUUUACAUGCAGAGAGUUCCGGAGAUCAGUCUUGGUCCUGAUGGGCCUGAAGAGGAUGAUACAUCUGCUGCUGCAGGACCCGAAAAGAUGAUAGUCGAUCAUCUUGAGCAAGUGUUGGAGGUUUACCUGUUUGGGGACUCCCGUAAAUGGACAGACGCACAGGGGGAGAUCACACGAUAUCUUCAAUCGCCGUGGUACCGGUUCCAUCCUUUCUGUGAAAUCUCAAAGCAAUUCGGAUUCGCGGCCAAGUGA